AUGGAUCAAGACUCAUUUAUAGAAUCAGUUAACAACGUAAAGGGUAUUCGUGAAUCAGAACCGAAUCCCUCGUUCGGCAGGAAUAGCCAUGUGCAGCAGGUGGCAUCAGGUCGUCAUUCAGCGUCUGCUCGCAAACUAAAUAAGCUAAACACAAGAAAAAAUGCAUUAAGAAUAGCCACAUGGAAUGUCCGGACAUUAUAUCAGAAAGGGAAAAUAGACAAUGUUAAUCAGGAAAUGGACAGGAUGAAUCUCAACAUCCUAGGACUUGCGGAAGUAAGAUGGAAAGGUGCAGGGUCCAUAAGAAUAGGCAAAAAGACUUUAAUAUACUCAGGUGGAGACAAACAUGAAAGAGGAACAGGAAUCUUGUUUGAUGAAUUAACAGCAAAAAGCCUGAAAAGUUGGUGUCCAAUUUCAGAUAGAGUAGUUGUAGCCAAAUUGGAAGCCAAACCCCUAAAUCUAGGUAUCAUUCAAGUGUAUGCACCAACAUCUGAGAGUGAAGUCGAAGAAGUUGAAAAAUUCAAUGAAGAAAUAGAAAAAGCAAAAAGUUAUCUAUGGUCCCAAGACAUCAAGAUGGUAAUGGGUGACUUUAAUGCCAAGGUAGGAGACGAAAGGGUAGACGAUGUUGUAGGACCCAGGGGUACAGGGAAACAGAAUGAACGCGGGAAUAGACUUAUUGAAUGGUGCCAAAUGAAUGAUUUUACAAUCACUAAUACAUGGUUCCAAAACCAUCCUAGGCGACAGUGGACAUGGAUGAGCCCCGGAGACAGAACUGGAAACAAAAUUGACUUCAUACUCAUCGAGAAAAGAUUUAGAAAUUCUGUCAAAACAUCAAAAUCACUGCCGAGAGCUGAUUGUAACUCAGACCAUGUCCCAGUCAUGUGCAAAUUGCAGAUAAAACUUAAAAAAUGUAAAAAGGCAAAGAUCCAUCCCAAAUUCCAAAUGGAUUUACUAAAAUCAGAUGAAGAGCUAAGAGACAGAAUUAACGUAGCUGUAAAAAAUAAAUACGAGUCUAUUAAUAAUAUUACAGAGGUAGAAGAACUUUGGACCAAAAUGAAAGAGUCACUUGAUGAGGUCAUGCAUGAACACAUCCCAAAAAAGGAAUAA